UUUUCUAUCAUGAAGGAAUUAUCGUGGAACCUGGACGACCAGAGGGUCCUCUGAAAAUUGAUGACGUGCAAGCAAAUUCGGUUCACCUGAGCUGGAAUCCUCCUCUUGACGAUGGAGGAGGAGAGAUUCAAGGCUAUAUUAUUGAAGCGAAGGAUGUCCUCGAUAUGGAUGUACGCAAGAUGUACAUCUGGUCUGAAGGACAGCAAACAGAAUGUAUUGUAAACGGCUUGCAAACUUCCCAUAUUUACCAGUUUCGAGUCUACGCAAAAAAUGAGGCUGGCCGCAGUGAAGGACUGCUUAACAAGACACUCGUUCGCGUUAAAGCUAUGAGCAAGAAGCCUCCCCGGCCUUCGCCACCAACAAUCGAAAUUGUGGACGACGAUAGCGUGCUGUUGCGGUGGGCAGUACCAUCUGGUUUUGAGAAACUGAACUAUAUCGUAGAGAGGUUCGAGCCUAAAUCGGACUUAUGGUUACAGUGCAACCGCAAAGUGAUCACAGACAACGAAUUCUUAGUCAGCGGCCUUCAUGCAGACAAAGAGUAUAAAUUUCGAAUCAGCAGUGAAAACGAGCAAGGCUUAAGUUUACCCAGUGAAGAAUCGGAAUUAGUAUUUCUAAAAGGAUCAGAAGGAGAAGCUCCGAGUGUUAUCCUUCACCUUACAGACACCUGCAUUUCAGAAGGAGAAGAUGCUUUCCUUCAUUGUAAAUAUACUGGAACAUCUCCGAUUCAAGUCACAUGGUGGAAAGACAACAUUCGCGUACGCGAAGGAUUUAGCGUCAUGGAAGGAGAAUCUACACUGAAGUUACAGGGAAUAGAUGAUGAUUACUCCAUCCGCUGUGAGCUGAGGAAUGAAUGGGGAAAAGCAUCAACGGAAGCCAAGAUUCAAAUUAUGACUGCUCCUAAAAUUACGAUACCAGUAUCCUACAAAGAAGGUUUAACAUAUGAAACAGGGGACACUCUUCGCCUCAAGGUCAGCUACAGUGGAACUCCUACCCCGACAAUAAGCUGGUUAUUGAACGAGAAAAUUCGAGAAGCAGAUGAACGAUGUUAUGUAUCAUUGUUACAUGAUGUCAUUCAAAUUCAGAUCCGAGAAAUAUGUGGAAAAGACGCCGGCCACUAUACUUUUGUUGCUUCUAAUAAGAUAGGAGAAGAUACCGUUGUUGUGCCUGUCAUUGUUUUAGGUCCACCUGAUCCUCCAGCUGGCCAACCAGUAUUAGAGUUGCUCGAAGGAAGCCAAGCAACGCUUAGCUGGAAACCACCUUCACGUGAUGGAGGCAGUUCUCUUUUCAGCUAUAUCAUUGAAAAAAGAAUGUUGGAAAGUGACGAAUGGAUACAAUUGUUCACAACGCAUAGAACAACUAUCACUCUUGAAGGUGUAAAGGAUGUUGAAGAGUGUCUUUUCCGUGUACGAACUUCGAAUAUUUAUGGAAUAAGUGCACCGAGUCAGCCUUCGCAGUUUUUCAAUUCUAGAGGGUUACUUACGCUCUGUUCUGAAGAAAUCACUCAAAGUGACUCUAUGUGUGACAAAACUUUUAAUGCAGUAUGUAACAAUGAAACUCAGAAUAUUUUUGCAGAGUCAACAAUGCUGACCAAGAAUGAUAAUGCACUUGAAAACAAGUCCCAUACUGAAGUACCUUCAGAAGCAAGUGAAUUGACCAAAAAUCAACGGGAAGCAGAUUCACAUUCCUUCCUAACGACAGUUGAGUAUAAUCAAGAUUUACAAAGUUAUGAUGACCAAAAGCCAACUUUUAUUAUUCCAUUUGGUGCUUGCAUAGAAUCACAUAAUGUAUUUUCCGAACAUAGUUCUUCAGUGGAUGACGAGUUGCUGAACAUUGAACGGACAGGUGUUAUUUAUAAUAAAUCUGAAAGUCAUAAUUUUUAUAAUAUACAGUCCACUGCUGAAACUCUUGAUCUGGCAAAGAAAUAUAAAUGUUAUUCAAACACUACAGUAGACAAUCCCUCAGGGAUGGUUGAAGAUGAUCCAGAAGUUUCUGAAAUUUUGAUACACAUUCCAUCUUACUCACAGUCAGGAAUAUGCAUUGAUCACACUGAUGAUUUAAAAAUGCAUGAACCAAAGUGUUCAUACACUGCAGAAGAACCAGAGUGUUCACACACAGAAGAGCAAGGCUAUGAUAUCGUAACAAAAACAUCGUAUAAUAAUGACUUACAGCAACUCAACUGCACAAGAGUGAAUGUGGGAAAUAUAUAUUAUCCUUACGUUGGAAUUCUGCAGCUUGACUUCCAGAGCAGUUUAGUAUUAUUUUAUCAAAAAAAUUUGAAUGUUGUACAUUUAUUUUCUUUCGACAAAAAUGGUACAAUUUUGAGUUAUACAAAUGUCAGCUGGCAGGAAACUGAUCCACCUUUCAACCCAGGUCUAAGGCCAGAAAACCUUUUCAACUUACUAAAUACUUUUUGCAUUCCUGAAAUUAUAAAUAAAGCACUUAAGGCAAUUAUGCCAUUAAGCUUAGAAAAGGCAGAAAAAGAUGAAGCAACUUCUUCAAAAACAGAUUUUGCCUCUAAACAGUCAACAUCUUGGUCUGAAAAAGAAAGGGACACAAAAUUUUCACAGCUUGAUUCUUGUUCUUCAUUCGGCAAAAACGUUUCUUUAUAUACCAAAUUCCAAAAGAAAAGAUCAAUCAAUAUUCUUGACGAAGCUGAUGAUGAAGAAGACAAUGAAGAUAGUUCUUUUAUAUGUAGCCUUAAAAAGGAAGAUGAAAGUUUUCUAGAAGGUGAUUAUAUAGGUUCUAUAUCCAGUGAGCUUAAUAAUGAAGAAAUUAUUGAUCAAAUAAGAGCAGAGGAACUUACAGAAGUUAAUGCAGAUGACUGGGUGUACCAAGUUUCGCCAUUUAGUAUACCUAUUGAAGAAACUGCUUUUGAAGAAAACGCUGAUGAUGUUUUAUACUCAGAGUUUAAGGUGCAAGAAAUUGAGAAUGAUAAAUUUAAUUUACAAGAGAAAAGUGUGAAAGAACUCUUAAAUUUCACUGAAGAAGUGGAAAGACGUUUUGCAGAAAAAGCUCACCAAAUUGAAUCGUUAGAAAAUAUUCUGCAAGAACAACUGUCACACUUGGAGCAAGAUCUAAAAGCUGUGCACGAAAUGCAUGAGAAUCUCAUUAAUAACAAUACGAUACCAACUUCAGAAGGCUUCCUUGAAGAAGACGUGGAAAAAGACGGCAUUAAUGAUGAGAACUCAAUCAAAUUUAAUUUGAAAGAGCAAUAUGUUGAAGGAUAUAAUAUCACUUAUGAAGACCAAACUGAGUUUGAGUCUGAUUUCCUAUCUCCCAAUCAGUCUGAAACUGGAAAGGAAGAAUAUGCUCCCAGAGUACUCGUACAUCUUCAAAAUCGAAUUGUUCAAACGGGAUAUAGGACUAGAUUCUACUGCUUGAUAUCUAGUAAUCCUGAUCCCCAUGUCAUGUGGAUGAAAAACGAAAAACCGCUUCCUCAGAGUUCCAGAUUAAUCAUCGGCAGUUUGGUGGAUUCAGGUCAAUAUUUAGAUAUUUAUAAUGCUAAAACUUCCGACAGUGGCCAGUACGCUUGUGUAGCAUCUAACUGUCAUGGCUCUGCACAGACACAGUCAUAUCUUCAAGUCAUGGGCGUUCGUGAAUUCAGCCCGGAACCUCCAAAUUUUUUAAAAUCUCCACAAGAUAUUUCUGUAUCUUCAGGAAACACUGUGACGCUAGAAUGGAAGAUUUCAGGAACUCCUAUCCCAAACGUCCUGUGGUAUAAGAAUGCCGAAAAGAUUUCUGCAACUUUACGCAUCGACACCUUUAGUAAUCACAGAGGAAUUUGCCGCCUCAUUCUUCGAAGUGUAACUGUUGAAGACAGUGCUAUUUAUACUUGCUAUUUGGAAAAUGAAGCUGGUUCUUCAUUAUCCACAGUUUUUGUUUCCGUUACAGAUGCAAGUACAGAUCGUGAUUCAAAAUCCGGGUACAACUUCUCACAAGAUGAAACUGAGAUGAAACAAACAAACUACAGAAUCGAUUCUGAAGUCAUGGAGAUAGAGGAUGAAGAUCCGAAACAUGCUGUUGGGAAGAGCACAGAAGCAACAGGGACCACUAUUGUACCGGCUGCUGCUUCUGUUUUAAGCACCGGCAGAACGUGGGUCAUUCUGUCAUGGUCUGCACCUACAGAUCAGCAAGCGCCAAAAGGAUCUACUCGCAAACCUGUGUACUUGGUGCAGAGGAGACUCUCAAACAGCAAUCACUGGAAAGAAGUGGGACGCACUCGAAACACUCUAUACACGGUGCAGGGACUCACGAGUGGACAAUCUUAUGUAUUUCAAAUAUCUUCUUGCAAUAAUGGAAUCUGGAGUGCAUCUAUCACACUUCCACAGCCACUGGAUGUCCGAAACAAAAGAUGACAUCAAAGGAACAACAAAUGCGAUCAAAUUUUGAGAACUAGGUUCCAGUUUUGUAUUAUACCUUUUUAUAUAAUAAAUAUUUGUAUCAGAUGUGGA